AUGAAGUGGAGUCGGUUGAAGAAACAAAGCAACCCAACCAAGGUGGCGGUGGCGGCGGCGGUGGUGGUGGUUACUGCCGGAAUAGAAAACGAAGUGGAGGUGGUGGCAGCAGAAGAGCUAAAGCAACCGAACCAAGGUGGAGGAGGUGGCGGCGGAGGUGGUUACUGCAGAAGAAGGUGGUGCUGCGGUGGAUAUGGCCGCUACGGUUGCAACCGUUACUGUUGCAGCCGUGCAGCUGAAAAUGAAGUCGAGCCAGAGCACAAUAUAGGUGGUGGUGGCUACGGCGGUGGGCAAGGUGGGUACGGUGGUGGACAAGGUGGCGGUCAAGGUGGCGGCCAAGGUGGUAACGGUGGUGGGCAAGGUGGGUACGGUGGUGGACAAGGUGGGAACGGCGGCGGCCAAGGUGGGUACGGUGGUGGACAAGGCGGCGGCCAAGGUGGGAACGGUGGAGGCCAAGGUGGGUACGGUGGUGGACAAGGCGGCGGCCAAGGAGGGAACGGUGGUGGACAAGGUGGGUACGGUGGUGGACAAGGUGGCGGCCAAGGUGGGAACGGUGGUGGGCAAGGUGGUGGAUACGGUGGUGGUCAAGGUGGCGGCCAAGGUGGUGGAUACGGUGGUGGACAAGGUGGUGGGCAAGGUGGUGGAUAUGGCGGAUCCGGUGGCUACGGUGGAGGACCUGGCGGCGGUGGGUAUGGUGGUGGAGGUGGUGGCGGCCAUGGAGGCGGCGGCGGGGGUUGUAAAUUUGGGUGCUGCGGUGGAUACGGCGGCGGACACGGACAUGGUGGCGGCGGUUGCAAAUGCUGCGGCAGUGCGGCGGAGGCAAAAGCCUUUGUGGAAAGUGAAGCCAAAGCAGAAACAAAGAACUAA